GCGCACACCCUCAGGAUGCGGAUGCGGAAGUGCGGAAGCGGCUGCAAACAAUAACAAGCUAGCUUGGAAGUAGCUAUAUUGAUGUCGGUUAACCUUUUUGUGUGUUUUUGACAUUAUAUUCAGGGAUAUGGCUCUCCCUCCACAGCUAAAAGCCAUUCAGCACCAUCUAAGAACAGCACAGGAGCACGAGAAAAGGGAUCCUGUCGUGGCCUAUUACUGCCGGCUGUAUGCCAUGCAGACGGGGAUGAAGCUGGACAGCAAAACGCCAGAAUGCCGGAAGUUCCUCAUCAAACUCAUGGACCAGCUGGAAACGAUGAAGAAGGAGCUGCACGACAGCGAGUCCAUCACCCAGGAGGUCGUGGGCAACGCGCACAUCGAGAACUACGCCUUGAAGAUGUUCCUCUACGCCGACAAUGAAGAUAGAUCCGGACGCUUCCACAAGAACAUGAUCAAGUCGUUCUACACCUCCAGCCUGCUGCUCGACGUCCUCAGCGUGUUCGGGGAGAUGUCAGAGGAGAACAUGCAGCACAGGAAGUAUGCGAGAUGGAAGGCCACUUACAUCCACACCUGUCUGAAGAAUGGAGAGACCCCUCAGGCUGGGCCCAUCGGCUGGGAGGAAGCAUAUGAUGACGAAUACGGAGCAGAGGGCGGAGCAGAGGGCGGAGGCUCGUUCCAGGGGCCCCAGUCCCCCGCCCACUCCCAGUCCUCCACGGGGUACGACCAGGGGCCAGGGCCAGGCUACGGGGCAGAGGGCCCGGGGGCCCCGGGGUUCGGGCAGGGCUCGGGGGCGAUGGGCCCCCCGCCCUCCAACUACAACAGCAUCCACGUCCCCCCAGGGUCCCACGCCCCCGCCAACACACCUGCAGAUCUGCCCCCCCCUGCAGGUGAGCCCGUCAAACCAGUGCCUGUGCCACGCAACAUGCCUGUGGUGGACCCUGUUCUCCUCAGACCCAACCAAGAAGGGGACGUGCGUCUGACAGCGGAGGACUUCACCCGGGCCCAGAAGUACUGCAAGUACGCGGGCAGCGCUCUGCAGUACGAGGACGUCUCCACGGCCGUCCAGAACCUGCAGAAGGCCAUCAGGCUGCUCACCACCGGGAAAGAAUGAAGACCCUGUCCCCUCUUCCAUCUCCCUUCAUCACCCCCCCCCCCCUUCCCUUCUCCUCUGCCCCUUCUUCCCAUCCCCAUCUCUUCUAUCUCUCACCACAGAUGCAUUUGAGGAAAGUUCAUAUCUUCGGACCCGACCAAUGUCUCAGCUUUGACCACAGCAGCCCCCGCCUGUACUAAACCUCCAUUACAGCCUGCAGCCCACUUCUCUCUAGCCCAGCUUCUUUCCCCCUUCUUUCUCAGCCCCAGCCUCUACCCAACUUCCAGAACCAAGCUGUCUGUCCCUGCCCCUGGAUUCAACCAACGCGUAUGGCUGUUUAGAACCUGUAUAUUCCAAUGAAACCUCGCCCACUGUGUCUGUCUCCAUAUUAAACUGACUGCUGUAUGCUUUAUAUACUGUAUGGUCACGACCACAACUAGCUCCGGGUACUAACGGCAGAGCACAGUUCGACACACGUGCAGUGCUCACACUAAUUUACACAGACCAUCAACUGUAGGUCUUUUGAUACACACCCACCACACAUAUCUCUCUCUCUGUCUCUCUAUCGUUCUCUUUUCAUCUCUCCGUCCCCUCUCUCAUUGCCCCCCCUCUCCCUUUUUCUCUCUCUCACUCUCUCUCUUUCUGUCUCUCUUUCUGUAUGCAUGUAAGUGUACUUUGGGCUUAGUGUGAAUAUAACCCUGUCACAACUCCAUUACAGACUAAUGCUUUAAACACAAAUGAAAUGGCUGGAUGGUUCUGCCCUCACACAUGUUCUCAAUUACUCCUUGUUAUCUAUCUCAUUCUUGGGUGAAAAUGCACCCACAAAUGGUUCUUUCUGGAGCCACAUAAGGCUAGUACAUGGAUUCGAUAGAUAGAUUUCCGCCGAUUUGAUUCAUUGACCGAUUUGGGAAUGCGUUUGUAUAUGGUUGUUGUGUACUUUACCGCCGUUGCCGCCGUAGAGGGCAUGGGAGGACUAGGGGGACUGUCACUUUAGUUGAAUGCUUUUCCUAUCGAUGCUUAGUCACACGUAAAAAAAAACAACAAGCAGCUAACAAAACUAACAAUCAGCUCGACUACGAACUAACUAUAGUAGUUGGUAACCCAGCUGAAUAUGUAACUGGAAAAACUGGUCUGUUGGAACACCCAAUCUUCAAAUAUGCAAUCGCUGCUUACCCCCCCCCCCCCAACCCCCCCGUGCCCCUGAGUGAGUUUAAGUUAUUUGAAUCUGUGUGUUCUUUACCCUAUUGAUCCAUACUUUUUGUUUCAGUUGAGUUUUUCCAAUGUGUAUAUGACAUGAGACACUUCAAGCUAUUGAUUAAAAAAAAUGAGUGAAUUGUCUUCCAA